GGGAUAUGUUUUCAUCUGUUCUCUUGCCCCAGCCUGCAGAGGCAGCAGCUUCUAGGCGUGUUUACAUCGUGUGGCAGAAAUGUCUCUGAAGACGGUGGGCGCCACAAUAGCUCGCACGUUCUUAGCGAGAGGAAACGGGACUCCCCCUGUUGCUAGAUCCCCAAAAGUGAACAGAUUUUCCACCUCCUGCUCGCUGUCUGCAGGGAGGCAUCAGGGGGAAAGUCAUGAACAAAUUUCGGACAGGCCGACUGGCGACGCGUCCUCACCCAGCGAGGCGCCUCAAAUACGAGCAGCCGGGGACAAAAAGCGAACCAAGGAGCCCGUGGGUGCUCCGGGGGUCCCCGGUGUGAGGAGACGGUCGUUCACCUCCAAGGCUGAGCCCAUGGACCAGAGAUCCUACCUGUGGGCUCGCUACAGUGACAUGAAGCGGCUGGUGCACGACCUGAUCCCACCAGGUGCAUGUAAGUCUCUGAACUCCAAUGCCAUCUAUGCUAACAACGAAGUCGACUUGGCCGAGGUGGACAUCUACGGCUUCGACUAUGACUACACGCUGGCUCUGUACUCAAACGCCCUCAACACAAUGAUCUAUAACACAGCAAGAGGCUUCCUGAUCGAACACUUCAAGUAUCCGGAGGGCAUCCGCAAAUAUGACUACAUCCCAAACUUUGCUGCUCGGGGUCUUCACUAUGAUAUCCAAAAGGGUCUACUCAUGAAGAUAGAUGCCUUCCAUUACAUUCAGCCUGGAACGGUGUAUCGGGGAUUGAGCCCAGUGCCAGACAAGGAGGUCCUUCAGCUCUACGGGGGGACAUACCAUGUGCCCCUGCAGCAGGACAGCGGUUUCUAUGGAAAGGGACCAAAGGUGAAGCAGUUCAUGGACAUCUUCUCCAUUCCUGAGAUGACUCUCAUGGCUGUGGCCAAUGAUUUCUUUAUCACCAAUGACAUUGAAUAUGAUCCAGUUCACCUCUUCAAGGACGUCUCUGAAGCAAUUGGUAUGGUUCACCUCAAAGGCUACAUGUACAAAUGGGUCAUGCAAGAUCUCGAUAAUUUCAUUCUGAGAGGAGAAGAGACCGAUGCUGUUUUGCAUCGACUGGUCAAUCAUGGAAAGAAACUGUUCCUCAUCACCAACAGUCCCUUCAGCUUUGUGGAUAAAGGAAUGACACACAUGGUGGGAAAAAACUGGAGAGACUUCUUUGAUGUUGUCAUCGUGCAGGCAGACAAACCUCACUUCUUCACCGAUUGUAUCAAACCUUUCAGACGCUUGGAUGGUAACGGAGACCAGCAGUGGGAAAAGAUUACCAGCCUGGACAAAGGACAGAUUUACAAACAGGGAAACUUGUUUGACUUCCUCAGACUGACCGGCUGGCGAGGAUCAAAGGUUCUUUACUUUGGAGACCAUCUUUAUAGUGACUUGGCUGACCUGACGUUGCGACACGGCUGGCGUACAGCAGCCAUAGUGCCUGAGCUGGAGCAUGAAACCAAAGUGGUUAGCACCGACAAAUAUUCCCUGAACCUCACCUGGCUGCAAGCUUUAACCGGUUUGAUGGAGCGCCUGCAGACGCACCGAGAUGCAGAGUCUAAACAGGUUUUUGUGGAAUGGCAGAAGGAAAGAGAAGAACUCACGGCGAUGACAAAGAACCUGUUCAACCCUCAGUUCGGCAGCAUCUUCCGAACGUGUCACAACCCCACCUACUUCUCCAGACGUCUGAGCCGUUUCUCAGACCUCUACAUGGCCUCUCUGAGCUGCCUUUUGAAUUAUGACCUCUCGUACACUUUCUACCCUCGCCGCACACCUCUGCAGCACGAAGCCCCUCUGUGGAUGGAUCAGCUUUGCACAGGCUGCAUGAAGACGCCGUUUCUGGAGGAGAUGUCUCACAUACGAUGAGAGAAUCAGAGGAUGAGAGCUGUGCUCUCCUGAGAUAGGAUUUCACAUUUUAGGACUGGCAAACACUUGAGAUAGCCUGAGGUUAUCUUCCAUACAGAAAUGUUUCUUUUUAUCUAAGAAGGUGCAGCACAAUUCUCUCUACAGGACACAGUUCAGCAGAGUGAAGACUUUCCCAUUGAGCUCACCAGAGGGUGCUAUAGAUCCAGCAGCCAGCAUGUAAACAUGUACUGCAGGGCUGACAGACAGGUUUCUGCCGAAAUAAAGCUAUGGAAUACUGGGCUGCAAUCGCACAAUUUAAACAAAUAAAGGACUAAAAUCUUUUCGAAAUAUGUGUCUUAUUACUGUUCCUAUACUGUAUGCUACAUAUUAUGUAACUGUGGAUUACAGUGAUGCAUGUUAAUUCAGGAUGACUGGAUCAAUGGUUUUACACACAGAUUUGAAGCUCAUGUAGUGAGGUGUGUGUGUACAAUAUGGUCUCUCUGAUAAAUAUCUUGCAUUUAUUUAAUUGGUCGUUUGGUUGCUAGGCAGCGCAGCAUCCAUUCAUCACCACCGUAGUCGGCAUCACAAAUUCUUUCACUUCCAGCCGCCCGCCUGAACGCAACAGCAAAGGUACUGUACUCUGUCUGCUAUGCUAUGGGGUCUGUACAGUAAAAUGUGUAAAUGUUGUUGUUAUUGUGUGUCAGAGGUUUCAGCUGAAUUCUACCAGCUGGAAGAAGCUGGUGUGGCGGUGUAAGUUUUAUCGUGCUGUCCCGUCCAGGAAUCGGUGGUGUAGCUGCUGUUUGUUACUACCGUUUUAAUGCAAUGUACGGUUGUUGUGAUAUAAAUACAUGCUGUAUUUUAAUGCAGGUAAUUAUUAAUAAAGACUCGCAUUAAGCUACUCAAA